AUGAAGUUUCAGUCCUCUGCCUACCUGGAGCCAUGCCAUGCAUGCCGUGCGACCGAUAGUCGUGAGGGCAUUCCUGUCAAUCAAUGUUCCUUCAAGACUAUGUGGACGAAGGAUGGCAGGCGCUACAUUUGGCAUGAUGAUUGCAACAGCCCGACCUGCCCCAAGUCCCAAGCUUACGUUCCCCCCAGGAACCGAUUGUGGAUCUCAUUCAUGCAUCUCUACCAACUUCAUCAUAUUUUCCAAUCGUCACUGUCCUUUGAUACGAUUCAGUUGACUGAUCGAAUGUUUUCGGUAACGGCGGUGGUAUGUACGAUAGCGAAAGUCGGGUUGAUCUGA